UUGCGUUUCCUGUUUCCAUCAACACACACGUGUGUGACUGUGUGGACAACGUCUUCAGAACCCGUUCAGACCCGGACAUCGGACCACCAUGUUGGAGCAGUUCGGUCUGAUCGGGACGAUCCGGGACGAGGAUCCGAGUCCCGACGAGGCGGAGACCGAAUCCGAGCAAGAGGAGGAACCGAUCGUGCUGAAGAAGAAGAAGAAGAGUCACGGGUCGAGAGAUUUUAACUGUGACUUUGAGUUUGGAGAGAGAGACGGGCCGAGCCACGACGAUGACUGGGCGAUGGCCGAUGUCAUGAAGCAGCUCAAGAAGAAGAGAACCUUGACAACUCUGGACCAGAAAAUAGAGAAAAUCCGCCGAAAGAGGAAAGCUGAGGAGAAAUCAUCUCAGAGUGACGCUGCUGAAGCUUCAUCAGAGAACCACCAGGAGGAGGAGGAGGAUGUGAAACCUCCAGCUGGAGAGGCAGAUGCUAGUGAUGAAGACGAUGAUGAGGACGAAGAUGAGGAGUUUGGCUCGAGCGACGAGGAAAUUUUGACCAAAUCAGACACGCUCAGAGACAAGGAACGACGGGGGAAGAAGAGGAAGGUGGCAGAGGAGGCAGCAGAGUCGUUCUACGAAGACGCGUCGCAGUACGAUGACCAACUGACUUUCGACGACAUGAAUCUGUCCAGGCCGAUUUUGAAGGCCAUCACUGCUCUGGGCUUUAAGCAGCCCACUCCGAUCCAGAAGGCCUGCGUCCCUGUCGGUCUGCUGGGCAAAGACCUCUGUGCCUGUGCUGCUACUGGGACAGGGAAGACGGCAGCCUUCAUGUUGCCUGUGCUGGAGCGAUUGGUUUAUAAGCCCAGGACAUCCCAGGUGACCCGCGUCUUGGUUCUGGUUCCCACCAGAGAGCUGGGGAUCCAGGUUCACUCUGUUGCCCGUCAACUCGCCCAGUUCACGUCUAUCACCACCUGCCUGGCUGUUGGUGGGUUGGACUUGAAGUCUCAGGAGACAGCGUUGCGGGCUGGCCCGGACAUCCUAAUAGCGACACCUGGUCGGCUGAUCGAUCACCUUCACAACACGCCGAGCUUUGAGCUGACGCACAUCGAGAUCCUGAUCCUGGACGAGGCCGACAGGAUGCUCGAUGAGUACUUCGAGGAGCAGAUGAAAGAGAUCAUCAGGUUGUGUUCCUACAACAGACAGACCAUGCUGUUCUCUGCGACCAUGACAGAGGAGGUGAAAGACUUGGCAGCGGUGUCAUUGAAGCAGCCAGUCAGGAUCUUUGUUAACAGCAACACUGACGUGGCGCCGUUCCUGCGGCAGGAGUUUGUCCGAAUCCGACCUCACAGAGAAGGAGACCGCGAGGCCGUGGUGGCUGCUCUGCUGACUCGGACGUUCCAGGAUCACGUCAUGUUGUUCACUCAGACGAGGAAACAGGCCCACAGACUGCAUAUCUUGUUGGGACUAAUGGGAUUGAAGGUUGGAGAACUGCAUGGAGAACUGAGUCAGAACCAACGACUGGAGAACCUCAGGCGUUUCAAAGAUGAACAGAUUGAUAUCUUGGUGGCGACAGAUGUGGCAGCCAGAGGUUUGGACAUCGAUGGAGUCAAAACAGUGAUAAACUUCACCAUGCCUGGCACGGUCAAGCAUUACGUGCACCGCGUGGGGCGGACUGCGAGAGCGGGGCGAUCGGGGCGUUCGGUGUCUCUCGUCGGAGAGUCCGAGAGGAAGAUGCUGAAAGAGGUCGUGAAGUCAGCCAAGAGCACCGUGAAGGCUCGCGUUCUGCCGCCAGAAGUCAUCCUGAAGUUUAGAGACCUGAUCUCCAAACUGGAGAAAGACGUGGAAGCUGUGAUGAAGCUGGAGAGAGAGGAACGAGAGCUGGCUGCGUCUGAGGCCAAGCUGAGUGUGGCUCAGAGACGUCUCACUGACUCUGCCUCCUCUGAUCAGUCACAGCGGGUUUGGUUUCAGACCCAACAGGAAAGGAAACAGAGCCGCAUGUCAAAGGCUCUGCAGGAGUUUGAUCUUGCCAUUAGAGGGAAGAAGAAGAGAGAGAAGUUCCUGAAGGACGGCAGGAAAAAGGAGCUGACGUCUGAGGAGCGUGCUCAGUUUGAGAUUUUGAAGGCCCAGAUGUUUGCUGAGCGAGCAGCCAAAAGAGAGCGCCGACCGAAGAGGGCGAGGGCGAUGCCAGAGGAUGAAGCGCCAACUAAAGCCAAUCAGAAAGCAGGAAAAGGAGGCAAGAAGUCGGUGUUUGACAAAGAGCUGACAAACACCAGCAGUAAGGCCCUGAAGCAGUACCGAGCAGGACCGUCCUUUGCAGACAGGAAGCGUCUGGGUGUGGACAGGAAGCGACCUGGCAGUUCCAGGUUUAGGAGGAAGUGACAGAGCACGCAGGAAACGCCUUGUUUUUUCUAUUUGUUUAUUACAGUAGUUUUAAAUAAAGUUUCAAUGUGUAUUAAACCCGUUGUCAACAGUUUUUUUUGUUUGUUUGUUUUUUAUCUUUGGGUCAUUCAGACGGGCACAAAACGAACCAAACUAAAGGUCACAUGACAAAACGUGAAAAAUGAAGCUGAUGAAGAACGGGGCGAGGUGCAGAUCAGCUGACCUCAGCACACCAAUGGCAGUCUGUUGUAUGGCAGGUUUUCAUUGGCUGAAUACUGAGCAAUGGCAGCAGGUGGCUCUGGUUCAGAAGUUAAAGCGGGUCAGCUGCCACUUCAAAGACUGCCUGCUCCAAUACACAGGUCCACAGGUGUCCACAGGCCAGAUAUUGAACCACAAACCACUUCUAAAAAGGCAGGGGAGCAGAAGCAGUUCGGAGUGCAGAGGACCAGAGGAGGGCGCUACAGCAGGAGAGCACUAACAGUUAUCAGCUGAAGCUUUUAACCACCGUUGGUUUAAAGUGGAACAUUAAAACACUCGACUGCUAACCAGCUGCUCCUUACAGUCGGUUUCGUUCAAACUGCGUCCGAGCUCGUGUACGCGGUGCUCCUGAAGUGAUCUGUGCGUUUGAGCAGAUAUGAUGUCCGGCCUCAGUUUGUGUGAAAGUCACAGAGAAGACUGGAGACGCUCCGGUCUCGUGGAAGCGUUCAGUGUGGAGACGCCACCGUGUGGCCGUCUGCAGAAACAACAAGAAGUGUGAGUUCAAGUCGGUGACUGAGACUGGUUCAAACACAUCUCCGUGCAGACACGGCCAACGUUUACCGGACAAAGUUUUUGCAGUUUAACCUCACUGCUCACCACCACAACAGACUUUAAACGUGGAACUGAAGUGCGGACUUGAAGCUUGAGACGUUUUAAAUUGUAUACACAGUCCUCCAUUAUUAGAGAGACUAACGCAGCUGGACAGGGACCCGUUCCCUCAUUAUUUCAUGGUAAUACUUAAAUUUGAUUCACAAGGGUUUAAAACAAUUCAAACAUUUAGAUGUGGAUGGUGUCUUCAAUAGUUUUGCCAAUUUGUCUUCUCGUCAUGGUCUCCCUAUUACCCAUUUGUUUCGCUAUUUUCAAAUUUGAAAUUUUGUUGCCAAGUGUUUCCCAAAUUUCCCCUCUUUACCUCCAGAACAGCAGUGGGAAACUACGCUAUCAUUUAUUCCUCAUCACAGAGGAACCAUUUCGAAACUCUAUCCUGUCUCUUAGUAACCACUCAAAUGUUAAGCUUAAGUGUACAUGUGAAGGAGAACUAGGAAUUCAAAUCCAUGAGGAGUCUUGGGAACAGGCUACAGCGAGGGUACGAUCUUCCACCUCCUGUGCUCGUCUUGGACUUAUUCAAUUUAGGGUCAUACACAGGGCGCAUUUCUCUAAGUCUAGACUUUCUGAAUUGUAUCCAGAAGUGGCAAAUAAAUGUGAUCCAUGCCACGGCUCUCCUUGUCACCUUAGCCACAUGUUUUUUCUGUGUCCUGAGCUGGAAGGUUUCUGGACUGGGUAUUUUGCUGUUCUUGGGGUAACUCUUCAUUCCUGUCCUCUGAUUGCUGUAUGCGGGAUUCCUGAUCGCUCACUUACACUUGAUUCUACACAAAAGGUAUCAUAGCCUUCACAUCCUUAUUAGCAAGACAUCUAAUAUUGUUGCAUUGGAAGUCUGUUAAGUAUCCUACUAUUUCCCAGUGGCUUAAUGUUGAUGUUAUGUUUCUUUUAAAAAC